AAGGCCCUGUCCUGUACGUAGCGCUGAAGUCAGGCAGCGGACGCCACGCGAGGGGAGGGUCGCUUUUAAAGGGCCAGCUGCGGAAGGAAAGUUGUGCGGAGAGUUUCUGUUAGGUCCUGUCAGAGGGGUAUAUAAACGGCACCUCGCCUUUGGUGGGCUGUGGGGAAGGGGGGAAAUAAUCCCAGGAGUCGCCGGCCGCAGCCAUGGAGCAGGCAGCGCCCAAAAGCAAACUGAAAAAGCUAAGCGAAGACAGCUUGACUAAACAGCCUGAAGAAGUAUUUGAUGUAUUGGAGAAGCUUGGUGAAGGGUCUUAUGGGAGUGUAUUUAAAGCUAUUCAUAAAGAAUCUGGGCAAGUAGUGGCAAUUAAGCAAGUCCCUGUUGAAUCAGAUCUGCAGGAAAUUAUUAAGGAAAUUUCUAUAAUGCAACAAUGUGACAGCCCUUACGUUGUCAAGUACUAUGGCAGCUAUUUUAAGAACACAGACCUGUGGAUUGUUAUGGAGUACUGUGGAGCUGGUUCUGUCUCAGACAUAAUUAGAUUACGUAAUAAAACGCUUACAGAAGAUGAAAUUGCAACCAUUCUAAAAUCUACGCUUAAAGGACUUGAAUAUUUGCAUUUCAUGAGAAAAAUACAUAGAGAUAUAAAGGCUGGAAACAUUCUCUUAAACACCGAAGGGCAUGCUAAAUUAGCUGACUUUGGAGUGGCUGGACAGUUAACUGAUACAAUGGCAAAACGCAACACCGUCAUAGGUACUCCAUUUUGGAUGGCUCCAGAGGUAAUACAAGAGAUUGGUUAUAAUUGUGUGGCAGACAUCUGGUCCCUUGGCAUUACCUCAAUAGAAAUGGCCGAAGGAAAGCCUCCGUAUGCUGAUAUACACCCAAUGCGGGCAAUUUUUAUGAUUCCUACGAACCCCCCUCCAACAUUCCGGAAGCCAGAGCUUUGGUCUGAUGAAUUCACUGAUUUCGUGAAAAAAUGUUUGGUGAAGAAUCCUGAGCAGAGAGCAACUGCAACCCAACUUUUGCAGCAUCCUUUUAUUAAGAAUGCAAAACCAGUUUCAAUCCUGAGAGACCUGAUUACUGAAGCUAUGGAAAUUAAGGCGAAAAGGCAUGAAGAACAGCAAAGGGAACUUGAAGAAGAAGACGAAAACUCGGAUGAGGAUGAGCUGGACUCCCAUACCAUGGUGAAGACAAAUUCAGAAAGUGCCGGCACAAUGAGAGCCACAAGUACUAUGAGUGACAGUGCUCAGACAAUGAUUGAACAUAAUAGCACCAUGCUUGAAUCUGAUUUGGGGACCAUGGUGAUAAACAGUGAUGAUGAUGAAGAUGAAGAUGAAGAUGGAACUAUGAAAAGAAAUGCAACAUCACCACAAGCUCAGCGACCUUCUUUUAUGGACUACUUUGAUAAACAAGAUUCCAAGAAUAAAAGCCAUGAAAACUGCAACCAGAAUAUGCAUGAAUCGUACCAUAUAUCGAAGAAUGUCUUUCCCGAUAACUGGAAGGUUCCUCAAGAUGGUGAUUUUGAUUUUCCUACAGCCCCUGCUGUCCUAGCUGACCCUGACCAGGAACAGUGGGAGCAACCCCCUCCCUAUGCUCUCAUUUAUCCAAAACUACUUAAAGGAAAGGAAGGAUCGGGUGAUAACGAACAAAAAGAGGCUGGGACUACAGGGGCGGCAGAGCAAACUGAAAAGGAAGGGCAACGAGAAAAUUCAGAAUAUGGUCUCCACCCAGAUCCCAAACCAAGUGCGGCAGCACUGGAAGCCUUGGGCAGUCCAUGCAACAAGAUCCCAGGGGCAAGAAUCUUCCCCUUAAAGGAAGUGCCUAAUCCAACAACCCCUCUAGAUGAUAAGGAAAAAUAUAACUCUAGGAUAUGGAAGUAUGUGCCAUUCUCAUACAUGGAUCUAUUGAACUGGAAAGCACAUAGCCCACCCUAUUCUGAAAAGCCCAAAGUCAUAACAGAUUUGAUUAGUACAAUUAUGGAAUAAAUUAUCCCAAUUGGGCGGUCUGCAGGCAAUUACUGAUAACCUUUCUCAGUACUGAGGAAAGGCAAAGGGUCGAUCAACAAGCACAGGAAUGGCUCAAGUGAGAAGCAGAGAGGCAUGGGGCGGCCAACACACAGGCCUGGGUUGCGGAGAAUU